GAAAUCAGACUGCCCCUGCUGUCACCUCGACGGUCUGGUCUCCCGCAGGUUCACUCUCGUCACCACCAUGGACGGUCAUAUACGUCUUCUUAUCACCGUGGGGAUGUCAAUUAUCGCUACGAGUCACGGACAAACAACGAAGACAUUAGGCAAUCUCACGCUUGUCUGUCCUCCGGGAUGGACCUUUUAUGGAGCCAGCUGUUACCUCAAAGUAUCAAAGGCGAUGGAAUGGGAGGAGGCAAAGGAACUCUGUGAAAGAGAACAGGGAAUGCCUUUGGAGAUACACGAUGAGGUAGAAAACAAAGCUUUGGUUGAUAUGGCUGCCGACUGGGACAUGUUUUGGGUCGGAGAAAAGAUUAAUGAUUCCUGUAAGGGCUACUGGGAGGUUAACGAGCCCCCAGCCAGUGUCAGGGCAGGAGAUUGUGCAGCUGUACAGAAGAACGGUCGCUGGAAGGUUGUCCCAUGUCAGAGACGUCUUCCUUUCUUUUGCAAGAAUCCAUCAUGUUUAGAAGGUUCUUUCGAUUGUGGACGUGGCAGCUGCCUGAACAACAAGUGGAAGUGUGACGGCAUCAGUGACUGCGACAACAACAGGGACGAAAUGAACUGCAGUUCCAAAUGUACAUUUACAAACACCGGCACUAGUGGCAGCAUCAACUAUUUCAGUGGCUACGCCAACAACGCUUACUGCAUGUGGACCAUCAUCUCUCCUCCUGGAACACAGAUUGGUGUCACGUUCCGCUCUGUGCGCCUGGAAGACAAGGUGGAUUUGCUGGAAGUGAGGGUUGGAGGCCACACGAUUCAGGAUACCCGAGUGUUGGAGACACUGACAGGCAGUCUGGACAACAAGGUCAUCUACAGCACCAACAACAUGAUGCUGCUGCGUCUUACAUCUGACUCUUCCGUUACAAACUUUGGUUUCGACCUCACCUGGUCCUCGUCAACCAGUGCCCUCUCUACGGACGUCCGCCCUAUCACAGCUGGGUCAUCGUGGACAGACUUGACGUCCCCAUUCUUCCCCAGCACCCCGCCCAGCGGCUUCCGACUGGAGUGGUUGGUGUCCAGCUCAGACAAUACCAUUGUCACUCUCAUGGUGGAGGAAGUUGACCUCGCCCCUGACUGGAUGUUGAUGGUGUACAAUGGUGAAGGGUAUGACGAUACUCUGCUGAUGGCCUCCAGGCGUGCGGAUCUCUCUUCACCAGCCAUCUAUUUCUCCACCGCUAGUAAAAUACGGAUUAUCCUGAAAGGGAAAGACACAUCUGGUGGAGGAAGUGGCAUCAAACUAAGGGUUAAGAAUGGAUGCAACGUUGAUAUACGAGCAGCUAGUGGCACAGUGACCUCACCUGGAUUCAGCAGGAAGAGGUACCCGACCUCACUGACCUGUUCCUGGAAGAUUCAGGCCCCGAGUGAUGCAAACAGGAACCUCAUGGUCAAGUUCCUCUACCUUGUUCUGGAGACCGUUGGCAAGGAUCUAAUCGAGAUAUACAAUGGUUCCAACGCCUCGGCUGGAUUCCUCCAUACGGGCAGCGGGUACACAGGGGAUCUAACGUCAUCUCUUCCCAGCGUCAACGGAGGCAACACUCUCUACAUCAGGUUCAAGUCUAGCCUCAUUCAGGACAAGGGAGGAUUCCAGUUUGAGUUCUCUAUAGAUUGCCUGGCUGUCCCUGAUUCGGAAAAUAUGGUAAAAACAUCAUCCGCUACAUCCUAUCUCAGCUCCGUGACUGUCAACUGCAUCACUGGAUACUCGUUCCAACAGGAGGAAUAUUAUCAAAAAGAUACUGUUUCUUUCGUAUGUGAGAAAGGAGGAAAAUGGGACAAACCAAGAUACCCCACCUGUCAGGUGGUAUACUGUGAAGCCCCGGAUGCCAUUGAGUUUGGGUUCGUGAAGAACUACAGUGGCGACGUUAUUUAUAACAGUACAGCUGUCUAUGAAUGCUACAAUGGCUUCACGAUGAAUGGGACACCGGAAGUGACGUGCAGUACAUCCGGAAAGUGGAUGACGCUACCCACGUGUGAAUCCGCCAAGUGUGGUCCAGCUCCUCCUGUGACGGAUGCUACGUCCAACAUCAUCACCAGCACAGAAGCAACCUCCUACGGGGCAAUCGUGGAAUACACGUGCAGGGCCGGCUUUGAGAUUAAAGGAUCAUCCCGCAGACUCUGCAACACCACCAACACGUGGACCAAUACCGCCCCCACUUGUGAGAGGAUAAAAUGUCCUCUUCCACAAGUUACAAUGGGAUCACUGAAAGUGGAACAGCCAGCUGAUUUCGACGACAAUGUGACCUUGACGUGUUCCACUGGCUACUGGGCCUCCACGACAAACACAACCACCGCCCUCCUUACCUGUAACGCAAACGGCGCGUUUGAUGACGUCACGUGUGUGGAUGCUGAUGAGUGUACUACGUCUCCUUGUGAUGCCUCCUCCCAGAGGUGUGAGAACACUGUCGGCUCCUACAGGUGUGUGUGCAGGCAGGGCUACAGGCCUGGAGACAGAAUACUAUGUGAAGAUAUCAACGAGUGCAGUGACGGUAAUGGCGGCUGCCAGCACGACUGCCAGAACGCCGCCGGCUCCUACACCUGUACCUGCAACCCCGGAUUCAAACUGUUUGAAAAUGGAACCAACUUGGUGUACAUCGUGGAGGGCGAGACAGGCCUCAGGCGACAAGACGUGUACCGUGUUGGCCACUCCUGUGUCCGGAACCCAUGUCCCCGUCCAAGUGAUAUCAGCAAUGGCGUCAUACACACUUUGAAGCAGACCUUCUUCUACGAGGAUGAGAUCAUGUACAGCUGCAAGCUGGGCUUCUCCUUGGGCGGCAAUGAGAAGAGGACAUGUCAAGCAACUGGCACCUGGUCUGGAUCUGAUCCUACUUGCAAUGCUGCCACUUGUCCAGGACAGACAAGACAGGGAACUGACGUCCAGAAGCAGAGGGUUGUUCGCAUUCAUCCGGAUACUGCAGUGGCGUUCAAGGAGAAGGUGGUUGUAGAGUGUAGGAAGGAGGGUGACUCCACCUUCAACAAGACCCUCUACUGUGCUUAUGACAGCAAGACGAAGAAUUAUACCUUACAAGGCGACUCACCCAUCUGCCCAGUUGUUGACUGUGGACCUGUGGACGACAUCGCUGGAUUUCAGAAACCAGACCUUGCUACGAUAGGAUCAACGUUCGGGAUAUCCUUUGAGUUCAGUUGCAGUACAGGGGCGACAGCAUCAGGAAUAUCGACUGACAAUAACAACACUGUGAGGUGUUUGCAGAAUGGUCGGUGGGGGUUUGGUAAUCUCACCUGCAAAGCUGCGAAGUGCCCGGAUCCAGGCACCCCCAGGGGAUCGGAGCAGAUAUUUGACAGCUACGAGCAGGGGAAGGUUCUGGCUUACAGGUGCACAAGACCUGGAUUCACACCUGUUCCUGCUGACAACCGUACCUGUGUCUACUCAGCCGCCACCAGGUCGGCAUCUUGGAGUGGAAGUGUUCCUGUAUGUGAAGAUACAAGUCCCCCGGUGUUUACCAACUGUGACGGUGACAGGACCAUUACUAUAGACAAGAUGCAGGCACCAAGCAUCACCAUCCCCUCUGUUCAAGACAACUCAGGUUUUCUGAGCAUGACAGGUUUCACCAUCCCCACCGGCUUCAAUCCUGCAGACCCAGUGUUCAGGAACACGGAAGUGACGUAUGAAGUAACCGAUGGCGCUGGUCGACAUGCUCAGUGCAAGUUCCAGAUCAAUGUCAGAGAAAGAGGUUCCAUCACUCUGGACUGUCCUAAUGUGACAUACAAUGUGACAACAACAUCUACAACUCACAAGAUCACCGACAUCAUCAGCCACUCUGGCGGAACACUGACCUCCGACCCUACAAUCACCGCCAGUUUGUCCAAUGUGGGGACAUUCCAUGACUACAGAGUGACGCUACGCACCGACCAGGGAUUUGAAGAAACAUGUGCCUUCCAAGUUCUAAUCAAAGCUGGACAAUGUUUCCGUGAAUUGACCAACACUCCACAGAACGCCGACAUUACUCGCUCCAACAACACCGACGGCAGCAUCCUCUCCUACGUCGUCACCUGCAACAGUGAACAUGCGUUUGCUGACGGCUCCACAAGUCGGACAUACAACUGUUCGGGCGGAAAUGUCUGGUCACCAUCCCUCCCCCUAGAGGACUGUUUACCCACCACAACAACUGAGUACACGUACAGUGUCAGCUUGGAUCUGAAGAGUGAUGGUCCGGUUCCCUCAAACACUGCAUGCCGUGACAACCUGAACCAGUUUUACAACGAUGUGAUAUCCCCUGCAUCAUCCGGCAUCAACAGUCUGUGUCCGAUUCAGGGACAGCUGCGCGACUAUUACCGCUUCACUGUCGCCGAGGCCAUCUUUGUUGGUGCUCUCAGUCUCUUUGAUCACAAGGUGGAACUGACACUCAAACUGGAGAAUAACGAUGGCCGGAUUACAGCUCUGGAACAUUGCGCCGGCACAAUCAACCUGCAGAAGAAAGUGUUGUUUGGACUGGUAGCCGGAGGAUGUAACUUCACUGUGCAGGACACUUCCACGGGCGUUAAUCUCACUCGGUCCGGACAAUCGUGUAGUGUUGGAUACCAGCUGAGGGACGUCGGGGGAAGCAAGAAGUGUUUACCAUGCCCCUACGGAUACUCGUCCUCUCCCAGUGGAGGUUGUGUUGAAUGCCCUGACGGUCAGUAUCAGGACCAGUCCGGACAACCCUCUUGUAAGAACUGUGGAGCCAACAUGUACUCAUUGACCCCGCGGUCCAGCAGAGCAAGAUGUGUCAGCAAGUGUCGCCCUGGGUUUCGGUCUUCAACAGGACAACAACCAUGCGACAAGUGCCCUGUCAACCAUUACUGGGUGAACUCUUCCCACUGUGAGCCUUGCCCAGGUGAUGGCUCCACUCUUUAUGUAGAGGGAUCCACGAACAUCUCUGCAUGUAGAGCACCAUGUCCUAUUGGUCAGUAUUCAGUGACCGGCUACUUCCCGUGUACAGCGUGUCCUCUCCAUUUCUACCAAAACUCCACGGCACAGGACCACUGCAAGGAGUGCAACACAGACCAGAUCACAGAACAAACAGGCUCAACGAAUUCAAGCGACUGUAAACCUGGAAAUACAACGAUGUGUUCUGGAGUCUGUUCUGAAAAUGGCACAGGAAGCUGUUCCUACAUGUACCACCGACUCGUGUGUUCCUGUAAUCAAGGCUAUACCGGGGACGGGUGCGAGUCUGAGAUCGACUACUGCAGAUCUAACCCCUGUCUGAAUGGUGCCACCUGCAAACCCAAACUUGGGGGAUUCGACUGUGAAUGUAUCGCUGCCACGGAAUGCAAGAUGGAAAGGAGCGAAACAGACUUCAAUCCUGGUGCUGAGUACAUCGCAUACUUGCCCAGCACUACUGUGGCUGCCUGCAGUGCUGAAUGUAUAAGUAACUCAGCCUGUGUUGCCAUGGCGUUUUACACGCACAACAACGCGUGUAUCUUACUCAAUGAAGAACAAGCUGGAAUGAAAAAUACAACCGGCGCAACUGAGUCAUACUAUGAAAAGCUGUGCGACAGAAAGCCAUACUUCAACGGCACAUAUUGCCAGACGGACCUGAGGAAUGACUGUUCAACCAAUGACUGCCGAGGCGACAGCGUGUGCCGGGAUCUGAUUGGUGGACACGAGUGUGUGUGUCCCUCUGGCGGCCAGUACACACAACCACAUUGCGAAAGUAAGAACAACUCCUGCAGUGAGGACCCGUGCAAGAACGGUGGCACCUGCAACUCCUGGGGGGAUGUUCGGUAUCAGUGCACCUGUCGCCCUGGCUUCACAGGGGUUAACUGUGAGACUGACGUGGAUGAGUGUGAGCAGAACCCGGAUGGCUGUCUGUACGGCGGCAGGUGUGUCGAUGGCUCCGACUCCUACUCCUGCUCGUGCAAACCCGGCUUCGGAGACGACCACUGCCAGAAUGAGGCGAUUUUGUGUACAGCAGGACGCUGCAGCAACGGCCUCUGUAUCAGCAAUUACGACAACGUCACCGCUGACUGCAUCUGCGAGGAUCCCUUUGAACAAUCUUCCAAUGGCGAGUGUACCAGGAUCAACUUCUGUUCCUCAUCCCCCUGCACCACCAACAACACUGAACGCUGUGAGAAUCUGUCAGACGGCUACCGCUGUGUGUGCAUGUCCGGCUACGAGGGAUCACUGUGUCAGCACAACAUCGACGACUGUGCCAGCAGCCCGUGUGUGCAUGGAACCUGUACAGACAAACUGACCACGUUCUCAUGCCAGUGUGACGCAGGCUGGACAGGUACAACAUGUGAGUCUGACGUCGUGGACUGCACAGAUCAAUGUCACCAAGAGCAAACAGAUCGCUGUGUGGAUCUGAACCAGGACUACAGGUGUGAGUGUAAGACUGAAUACACCGGUAAAAACUGUACAGAGCUGAUCAACGAGUGCGACUCCCUGCCCUGCAUGCAUGGUGGCACCUGUGUCGACCAACUGGCUGACUACUCGUGUAACUGUACUCCUGGCUGGGAGGGCAAGAACUGCCAGAACAUUAGCAACACGUGUACCGGCAUCUCGUGUCAGAAUGAUGCCACCUGCUACCCUGUGUUUGAGGACUACUUCUGCAGCUGCCAGAAGGGGACCCAGGGACGUAUGUGUGAAAACACACCCACAGUGUGUGAUCUGGUCAAGCCGUGUACCACCCAGGGUACAUGCCAGCAGUCGGGCGGGUCAGCAACAUGCAACUGUCAAUCAUUAUACAGUGGGGUGUCCUGUGAGCUGAUCAAGGAUGGUUGUUCCGACAAUGUGUGUAGCAAUGGUGGCAACUGUUCUCUCCUCGAGCCAAUUGGAUACAGUUGUGCCUGCCCAGAAGGAUUCAGCGGUGAUAAUUGCGAGAAUGAGGACGAUAUUUGCCAGAACAAGUGUCCAUCUGGCAUUAACUGUGUUAAAGAGGGACGCAAGGCGUUCUGCCUGUGUCCGCCACCAAAGAUUCUCUCGGGACCAACAUGUAAAGACACAUCUCCUGACUUUGACCUGUACCUUGACAACCGUUUCGCUUCCACCGUCGAGUCGUACAGCCCGUUCCAGCUAUCAGGCGACCUCUCCAUCAUGUUGUGGAUUGGCUACCUCAACUCCGGCAGAUCGGUCGUCAUAUCUAACCUUGACGGCAGUGAAAAGUAUUUCGAGCUGUUCCAAGACCGUAUCCAGUUUUCUGCCGCUGGACAGGUGGUCAAUAAGACGCUAGACAAAGCAGAUCUGGAGACAGUCAAGGGUCAAUGGGAUCACGUGGCAGCCACGUGGACAAGAAACGGAUCAAUCAGUGUGUAUGUUAACGGAAUCAAAGUCACAUCAGGAGAUAUUAACGUCAAUCUCACAGGCAGUAACAGCCUGAAGAUUGUCUGGUUCGACCCCAACUUCAAAGGUUACAUCUCCCGCCUUACUGUGUGGAGAAGCAUCCUAACCCACAGUGAUGUGUCCAGUGUUUUGGGGAACUUGAACUACCAACCUACUGGUGACCUUGCCCUUGGCUGGAACCUCUACAAGAUGGCGGGAGGAAGUAGAACGUACUCCCCAAGCAAGGCAGGUCCCGGUGUUACACUGUGCGAGUCGGGACGUGUCAUGGCGGAAACAUGCACUGGACAGCCAGACAAGAAGACGCCCAAUUUGUACAACUGCCCAACCAAUAACAUCGUGUACAACUCGAGCACGCGAGUCGUGGAGGCCAUUGCCGUCUUCACAGCGCCCUCUACAGACGGUAACGCCACAGUAGCAAGUACAUUCACAGAUGAACUCAUGAUGCGAGGCAGGUAUGAUGUUGUUUAUGCCACCAUGGACACCGAAGGAAACACUGAACUUUGCAGAUUCAAGGUCUAUAUUACAGGAUCAAGCACGUGCAGCACAGAGGGCUUCCUGAAUACCGCUCAUUGUGGCGCGACUGCUAUUCGUGACUUCUGCCCCGCCGGCCAAGCCCCUUCCAUCCCAACGCCAAAUAUUCUUCGUUGUGGUAAACUUGGUUCUUACAAUCUGGACAGUCCCUUGGAUCUGUACACAGCGCCUGCUUGUGGAGCAACAUCGGCGCAAAAGUAUUCAUUGGAGUUCACCCUCACCUACAACAUGACUUUAACCUGUUCCAACUUCCUGAAGGACAGCUUGUUGAGGGAGUUGAGUAGCAAGUUUGUGAAUACCCUCUCUGUGAGGUGGCCGGGGCUGUGUGUUGACGGCUGCACAAACUUGGUUACUUCAGGACGUUGCGAGGCGAGACAAAUAGUUGUCAGUGCCACGUUGACAAAACUUGAAGAGACGAUAACCAGACAGGAUAAUAGUAUGACACUGUCGCCGGAUGAGAUCAUCAAGAUUACAGCGAUUGAGGGUGAUGAUCUGAGUGACGAGGCCUUCACGGACAUCGGUCAGAGUGUGCUACAGAAGGACCUGGUGGUUGUUGUCCUCAAGGCAUCCUGUGAUGAAGCAGUCGGUACCAACAACUGUGUUGCCUGUGGUCCUGGGUCCUUCUUCAACUCCUCCCUCGGCAUGUGUGUGCUGUGUCCAGUAGGCUCUUACUCAGACAUGUCGUCACAGACCUCCUGCAAGUCCUGUGGAGGAAAGACCACUCUCCGACCCGGUGCAAGGACGCUGGCCAGCUGUGUCGACAAAUGUCCAGCUGGUCAGUACUUCCAAGGCAGCAGCUGUAGCCCAUGUCCACGUGACUACUACCAGGAGAAGGAUGGCCAGUCGUUCUGCUACCCAUGUCCUCCGCUCAAGAGAACCAGCGUGGAGGGAACAGACAAUGCAGCUCACUGUGUCGAUGGCUGUCCUUCUGGCACUGUGCUGCAGGAUGAUGGAUCAUGCAAGGAUUGUGCUCAAGGCUACUACAGAACGCGCAAUUUACAAGACAACUGUACGAAAUGUCCGCCUGGAAAAAACACUAGAGGAACCAAGACAACCUCGUCGUCCGGCUGUAGCUUACCCGAGUGUCCCCCUGGUAGGUACAUCAAUGACAGCGACGUGUGCACGACGUGUCCUGUAGGGACGUUCCAGUCGAGACAGCUGCAGAGACAUUGCAUCAAGUGUGAGGACGGCUACACAACUGAAGCUGAAGAAUCCACAAACGCUUCUGACUGUAAAGCAUUCUGUGCUGCGGGCCAGCAGGUCAAUGGCACUCAAUGUGAGCAAUGUCCUAGAGGGACCUGGAACGAUGGGUCAUCUCUGAUGAAGUUCUUGCCAUGUGAAGCCUGUUCUGAUGCCAACUACACUACCCCCGCAGCUGGUGCAAAUCACUCCAGCCAAUGCACACUGAGAAACUGUUCACCUGGAUACCAAAUUAAUGGAAGCAGCUGUGAACCUUGUGGACAUGGAGAGUAUCAGCCUCUUCCGGCACAGGACACAUGCGAGCCUUGUGGCCCUGACCAAAAUACAUCAACAACCGCCUCUACGUCCAGAGAUCAGUGUACAAUUUCUUGUGGUCCCGGGCAACAGGGACAGAAUGGCACGUGCUCCCCUUGUCCCGAAGACACAUUCAAAGACCAGUCUGGGCACUCCGUCUGCACGGCUUGUGCCGGCAACGUCACGUCUGUCGCGCCGAGAACCAGUUGCAACGUCAUGUUCUGUGACAGUGGUGUUGGUUAUGACUCGGUCGAGAUGACGUGCACUGUCUGUUCCAAGGGCUUCUACAAGGACACCAGAGGCAACACCUCCUGUACGCCUUGUCCAAGGAACUACACCACAGCGGCCACUUAUACUGGAGAUGUAAAAGACUGUAAUCAAAUGAACUGUGAGCCGGGAUUCUUCGCCCAUAAUACAGACACGUGCACACCAUGUCCUAGAGGUUACUACAAGGCCAGUAUUGGCACAGAGAACUGCACCAAGUGUGAUGCUGACAAGACCACACAAGCAGAAGCUUCCACUAGCCAGAGCGCCUGUAAUCUGAUUGACUGUCCCGAGGGAAACAGCUACAAUCUGCUCAAUGACACGUGUUACCCAUGUCCAAUCGGUCAGAUUCGGGAACCAAGCGUCAGCGACUUCUGCUACUUCUGCCCCUCUGGUCAGACUACGGCAUCUACAGGAUCAAAGACAUGCUUAGACUUCCCAGGUACUACCCCCGCGCCAGCUCAGGUGACAGUGAAGUUGCAGAUUAUGUUCACAGUAGCAGACUGCGUCAACACGGCCUUAAUACAUGACACGAUCCUUCUCCAGAUUAAUGUCUUAGUUCUCGCCCGGGACAACGAGUUCCCGGACCUCUGCCAGGACAGUUCCUGUGCCAACAUUGCUGUCAGCAUCCUUGUUCCGUGUGGAGGGACCCGCAGGAAGAGACAAACAGGAGAAACAGUCACUGCUCUCGUAACAGCGUCAAAUCUACCGGAGAAACUUCCCAAUAAGGACAACUCUUUGAGUAGAAGUCCAGAAUCUGUGUUGUCGCAGGCCCUAGCUGAUAAUGAUGCUGUCACUCCAACACUGGUUGCGGCUGGGAUUAGGUACCACUCAAUCACUUCCCUGACAAUAUCAUGUGCAUCUGGCUUUGUGAUGAAGUCCGGAAUUUGUGAGCCCUGCCCAGCCGGCACAAGACACAACACAGCCACGGACGCCUGCCAGGACUGUGACAUCGGUCAGUACCAGGACCAGACAGGGAAGACAUCUUGUAAGGUCUGUCUUGGUGUGCGCUCCACAGACACCACCAGGAGCACCAACAUCUCGGAUUGCGUUUCCAAGUGUAAACUGGACGAAGGAUAUUGUAAAAAUAGCGGCGUUUGUAGGGACGGUACAGAUGGAUUAGUUAUCUGCGACUGCAAUGAAUACUACACCGGUGACACCUGCACUGUCCGGCGAUCUGUUGAGUCAAACCUGCCUUGGGUCAUCGUCGGCGUCUCUGUCGGCCUCUUCGUCCUGCUUAUCGCCGGCCUGGCUAUAGGCUGUUACUGCCACAGACGUUCACGAGCCAGCGUCGACAAGGACAAACACUCCGCCAUGGACAGGACAUCCACCUACCCCGACUACCCGAGGUCGCCAUACACCGUGUACAGGGGCUACACGCAGUACCAAAACCCCGGGUUUAAUGAGGCGUACGACUUUUACAGAUCAGAGGACAGAUAUUCAGACGACUAGAGAAGCUUUGUCUAACUGUGUCCCCUCGUCAAGUUCAAAUACGUAUUCAUUUCUCGGACCUCCCUAAAUAUAAUGUAUUUAUUCCAGUACUCGCAGUAUUUUAUCUGAAACUAUAUGGUUCAUCAGCUGUAAAAUCAGGCUGUGAUAUGAGAUACAAGCUAAGUGUGCACAUCUAUCUCUGUGGGGAUGUUGGAACAUCCCUAUGCAGAAUGCACAGGAACCUGUCUUCACAUGCACAUGCACAUGCACAUGCACCACACUCGUCAAAAUAUGAACAACCGGUCUACGUGUAGCUAACAUUCCUUCCCAAUUUUCCAGAAAAUAUAUAGAGUUGAUUAUACAAGCAUGUGUGUCAUACAUGUGCUUCGAAUGAAUAUUUACGAAACUCGUGUAAGAAUUCAUGUCUUACCAUUGCUCGUAACCUUGCUCUUGAAAUACAAGUUUUCUGGCACUCUUUUCUUAAAAUCAGUGAGACAUGCAUGCUCCUGUACCAUUAUCCAUAUACGGAUCACGUGUAGUAUUGGCUUCACACGUCCUACGGCAUUGAUAUUCAGACCAUUGCUGACGUUAUGUAUAGUGACGUACAGUAAUAAUGGCGUCACAACGUAUCAGUGUCAGUUCAUGUUGCCGUUACAUUGUAGCUCGAGGUGUUCAUCAGUGACGUCACCAUGACCUCGCUACAGGAACAUAUGUAGUAUGGUGAUCAGGGAAUUACUACAUUCAUGUUCAAGUGUGUUCCUCCAUAGUUAUCUUCAGCUCGAGGUGGCUGGGGUAAAACAAGAGGCAGACACUCGGCUGGAAACAUCAGUGACUCGGUUUAUUUUGUGUCUUCGGCGACGCGGAACUUUGCUUAUGAUAUCAUUCACUAAUUUCUCAUGUCCAUUAUUGAUUAUUUGCAUACAUUAUGUAUAAAAUAAUUAUGUACAUACAUAUAUAUAUAUAUAAAACACUUGCAAUGUAUGAAAUUAUACAGGAACUGCAAUGUAUGAAAUGUGCACAUUCUAUUUUUGAAACAUUAUUUUGAGAUUUAUUUUGUCUUUUUAAAGACAUGAAACACCCAAUUGUU